UCUCAGGAUUUACAUUCUCACUGCUAUUUUGUGACUGAACUCAGGUCAGUUUGCGCGGAUUGUUUCAAGCUUUCAGCUUGUUGCUGUGCAGAAUGAGGCUCGUGAGUUGAGGCGGAGUCUGGACUCGGUUCCUAUGGCGACCUGCCGCUUGUAAAUAGCGUGUUUUCUUCUCCAUGCGAACUCAAACACAUUCUCACGGGCCGACUAUCACAUCCGUCCGUCCGUUUCACUCAACACAACCAGUCCGACAGCUUCGUUUUGUUUUUGUUUCCUUUUAUCCACAGGAAUUUGUGAUUUGUGGCUUGUGGGUUUUAUUUUCUAAUUACAGUCAAGAUACGAUAUUUCCAGAGAUGGAGAAGUAUGAGAAGAUCAGCAAGAUCGGUGAGGGUUCAUACGGCGUAGUGUUCAAGUGCAGAAAUAAAGACACGGGUCAAAUUGUUGCCAUCAAGAAGUUUGUGGAGUCUGAGGACGACCCCAUCAUUAAGAAAAUAGCACACAGAGAAACCCGUAUGCUGAAGCAAUUGAAGCAUCCAAACCUGGUGAAUCUGAUUGAGGUGUUCAGAAGAAAGAGAAAAUUGCACCUGGUGUUUGAAUACUGCGACCACACUGUUCUCAAUGAGCUGGACAGAUAUCCACGAGGCGUUCCAGAGCACAUGGUGAAAAGUAUCAUCUGGCAAACACUUCAAGCUGUGAACUUUUGCCACAAACAAAACUGUAUACACAGAGAUGUGAAGCCUGAGAAUAUACUCAUCACCAAACAUCAGGUCAUCAAACUCUGCGACUUUGGCUUUGCCAGGAUCCUCACGGGUCCAUGUGAUUACUACACGGAUUAUGUAGCGACACGAUGGUACAGAGCUCCGGAACUGCUAGUCGGAGACACGCAGUACGGCCCACCGGUGGAUGUCUGGGCAGUGGGUUGCGUGUUUGCUGAACUGCUAUCUGGCGCCCCUUUAUGGCCGGGUCAAUCCGACGUAGACCAGCUCUAUCAGAUCAGGAAAACCUUAGGUGAGUUGACCCCCCGACAUCAGCAGGUGUUUAGCACUAACCAGUUCUUCAGUGGAGUUUGUGUCCCUGAACCACAGGAGAUGGAGCCACUUGAGGAAAAAUAUCCAAACAUCUCUUACCAGGCCCUGAACCUUAUGAAGGGCUGUCUGCGAAUGGACCCAGCUGAGAGGUUGACCUGCGAGCAGUUACUGGAGCAGCCGUACUUUGACAGUCUGCGAGAGGAAAGCGAGAGUGUGACGCGUGAACUAGACCGCAAGAGACGCCCGCGCCAGCCACGCAAACACCUUCCACCUGGGUAUUUGCCCCAGUUGGCCAGCAGUACUGUCUUCCCUGCUGUGGAGCACAAAAAGUACUACAACAACCUGCGCAAAUUCAACUAUCAUCUGCCCAACAUAUGAUGGACGCCAACUCUAUAAGAACUAUAAGCAAACUGUCCAGCUCUUGGCUGGUGCGUGUAUGUGUGUUUGUGAGAUAGACAAAGGGCUCUGCUCUGCCUUUAGAAAAUAACGUCACACUGCCAAAGCAAAGACUCGCAGGAGGAUUUCUGAAAAGUAUAAUGAACGACGACAGCAAUAACUUUGAUAUUAAUAUCAAUGAAUGUUGUUCUGUGCCCCAUAGUUUGAUUAGAAACUGAGAUCAGUGCUGUAGAAACGUUUGCACUGUAGGAACUUUUUAAACCUUUAUGUAACCUCCAUGUAUGUUUAAAGUGUGUAUAUAGGCAGUUAUAGAGGACACAGUCAUGCACAGACAGAAUCUUUAAAAUUUUUGUCUUUAAUUGUGCACAACAUAAAAUAUGACACUGGACCACAAAACCAUUUAUAAAAACUAAUUAAGCUUUAUAUUUCAUUUUUGGUUAGAUAGGAUAGGAACAUCUUUGGAAUCUGAGGGUGCUUUAAAGGGACAUUUUCCACUUUUUUCAAUUUUCCAGCUCCCCUAGAGUUAAACAUUUGAUUCUUACCGGUUUGGAAUCCAUUCAGCUGAUCUCCGGGUCUGGCGCUAGCACUUUUAGCA